AUGCCGACCGAGGAUAGCCACGACACUCCGCACCAUACCCCCCACGAGGAGGUGGAGCUCCUCCGCGCCAGUGUUGCCAAGAUGUCCGAGAAAUACGAACAUCUUCAUAGCAAGAACAUUGAGCUAGAGCAUGACGACCGCACUCUGAAGCGUAACUGGGAGAAGGCGCAGGCCCAGGGUUCCCAACGUGAGGCCCCGGUCCAGCCUAGGCUUGACAAGGGUAAAGGCCCUCUUUACCCAAAAACAACUAAGCCUCGGCUCCUUCACAUCUCCCCACCGAAAGACCGACCUCAUGAACUAGUGAAGGUCUACAAGGAUUGCAGAGACCGUAUCUUGGAUCGUCAGACAGACGCUAUCCCUAUAUCUGUUAAGCUCAAAGACCCAAGGGUGGAACACCUAGGCCCCCCACCGAAGCCCAAUCACCUACCAGUUGGGAAGGUGCAGGCGUUAGAAGAACAUGAACCUUACUCAGCCCCUGGCCACUCGCACCUCAGGCCUUCAGCACCUGAACGCCUCCCUCAUGCCGACCCGGCCAUGAGGCUUCUCUUCGAGAAGGUUCGGCGUCUGGAGAAUGAGCAACACUGCGUCACUAGCCCCUCUAGGCCAAGCCACGACCCGAGCCCUUCAACGAACACAUCCUUAAUUACCACCACGAGAAAGACAUCCAACCACUCCACAUCGCCUUCUACAUUAGCACGGAGGAUCCUCUCACCCACAUACAGUCUUCUAGUCUGCUCUGGGGUGCAAGGGCCUCACAGACGAAGGCAUAUGCCUCCUCUUCCCUUCCACCCUCAGUGGCGUGGCUCUAAAUUAGUUCUAUAA